CCUGUUUUAAAUUAUUUUGCUGCGUAUUUAUGAGAGUUAAAAUUACUCAUUUGAGCGGUAAAUAGCAUACACUGAGAUUGUAAAAUAUUAUAGUUGAAAGUUGUAUACAUUGUAUUAACUACUGGAAACACGAUGGAGUACCUUAGCACUAUGGAGAAAUCAAAGAGUUACAUGUAUAAGUGUAAAAAGCCUCACCAUUCAAUUGUCACAUCGCUGGAGAAAGCUAAAUAUUGUUUGGGAAAAUCCAGCCACCUUGAAUGCCCUUUGUGUCCUGAAGACAAAUUUAAACCUACAUUUACAUCUAAGGUCAAAAGUCAUUUAGACUCCCAUGGUGAAUAUGGCUCAGGAGUAAGGCUGAAUCCAGACUGUGUGGUGCUGACGUGUCAUUUACCAACAUGUAAACAAACAAUGUCCAAAGAAUAUCCAACAAACAAAGAUUUUGGAAAGAAAAGCCAAACAAAAAAGGAUGGUCAUGGCCACUACCACUGCCCAGAUUGUGGAAAUAUCUUGGCAAGGAAGUCUAAUUUUCGAAGUCACAUGGAGUCUCAACAUAAUUACAGUUUACCCGAUCCUGUUGCAUCAAAGCAGAAAGCAGGCAAUAAGAGAAAAAGUGACACAACCAAAAUAUCAGUAGAAGAGACAGGAUCUCCUGGCCACACAAAAGAAAGGUCUUCUGGCCCCACUGAAGAAAUGGGAUCUCCUGGCGUCGCUCAAGAGAUGGAAGUAACAGGUCUCACUGAAGAGGUGCGCCUUGGGAGCCUCAGAGAUUUAACUGCUCUGAAAGAGAAUGGAUUUUCUCACCUCACCUUACAAAAU